AUGGCAUCAAGACCGGAGCUCAAAGUGGACGACGAGUACGCCUUCAUCAAAUUCUUCAAAGGCCUGCCAGGCAAAGACGACGAUACGAUACGACUCUUUGACAGAAAUGACUAUUACACAGCACAUGGUGAUGACGCCAACUUCAUCGCUCAAAACCAAUACAAGACCACCUCGGUAAUCAAGCAGCUCGGCCGCGAUCCUGGACUUCCAUCUGUCACUCUUUCACAAACCGUUUUCCGUAACUUCUUACGCGAGGCUCUAUUCCGUCUCGGCAAACGUAUUGAGAUCUACGAGUCUGUUGGCAAGAACAAAUUCAACCUCACCAAAACCGCCUCGCCAGGAAACCUUCAGGAUGUUGAAGACGAGCUCGGCAGCAGUAUGGAAGCCGCUCCCAUCAUUCUCGCCGUCAAAGUCUCAGCCAAAGCUUCGGAGGCUCGUAAUGUUGGUGUUUGCUUCGCAGAUGCCAGUGUUCGUGAGCUUGGUGUGAGUGAGUUCGUGGACAAUGACAUUUACUCCAACUUCGAGAGCUUGAUUAUCCAACUGGGUGUUCGAGAAGUUCUUGUGCAGUACGAUGGACAGAAGAAAGACGGAGAGUUGACCAAAUUACGAGCUAUCGCAGACAAUUGCCAGUGCGCUGUAUCUGAACGCCCAUCAGCCGAUUUCAACAGCAAAGAUAUCGAGCAGGACUUGAACAGGCUAUUGCGUGAAGAACGUACCUCGACUCUGCCGCAGACGGAAUUGAGAUUGGCCAUGGGAGCUUCAGCUGCUCUUGUCAAGUACCUCGGCGCUAUGUCUGAUCCCUCAAACUUCGGCCAAUAUCAACUCUACCAACAUGACCUCUCACAAUAUAUGAAGCUCGACGCAUCUGCGUUAAAGGCCCUCAAUCUUAUGCCCGGCCCCAAGGACGGAUCCAAGACGAUGAAUCUGUAUGGGUUACUCAAUCACUGCAAGACCCCCAUCGGUAGUCGACUACUCGCUCAGUGGCUCAAGCAGCCUUUAAUGAACCUGGAAGAAAUUGAGCGCAGACUACAACUCGUAGAAGCGUUCGUCAAUGACACUCAGCUUGCCGAAUCAAUGUCUUCAGAUCAUCUCAGAUCCAUCCCGGACCUUUAUCGGCUGGCCAAGAAAUUCCAACGCAAGAACGCUACUUUGGAAGACGUCAUUCGCGUAUACCAGGUCGCUAUCCGUAUACCAGGUUUCAUCGGCACUCUUGAGGCAGUCAUGGAUGAAGAAUACAAAGAUCCUCUAGACAGAGAAUACACCAACAAGCUGCGCGAGUGUGCUGAUGCUCUGGGUAAGCUGCAAGAGAUGGUUGAAACUACGGUAGAUCUUGAUGCUCUCGAGAACCACGAGUUCAUAAUCAAGUCCGACUUUGACGAAAGCUUGAAGAUCAUCCGAACAAAACUCGACAAGCUCCGUUACAGCAUGGACAAGGAACAUGGCAGAGUCGGAGAUGAUCUUGGUCUCGAUACAGAAAAGAAGCUCUUCCUCGAAAAUCACAAAGUUCAUGGAUGGUGCUUCCGCGUCACCAGAGCAGAAGCUGGCACCAUCCGCAACAAGAAGCAGUACCAGGAAUGCUCGACGCAGAAGAAUGGUAUCUACUUCACAACCUCCACUCUGCAGGCGGCGCGCAGAGAGCAUGAUCAGCUGUCUGAGAACUACAACCGCACUCAGAGUGGUCUAGUGCAGGAAGUUGUGGGAGUCGCAGCUUCGUACUGCCCUGUCGUCGAGAAGCUUGCCGGCAUCCUAGCACAUAUGGACGUGAUCGUCUCAUUUGCUCAUGUCGCUCUCCAUGCACCCACGCCCUACUGCCGGCCAAGGAUGCACCCUCGUGGUACCGGUGACACUGUCCUCGUCGAAGCUCGUCAUCCUUGCAUGGAAGCACAGGACGAAAUUACCUUCAUGCCCAAUGACGUUACCCUCAAACGGAAAGACUCGGAGUUCCUGGUCAUCACAGGACCCAACAUGGGCGGUAAGAGCACGUAUAUUCGCCAGAUUGGUGUCAUCGCCUUAAUGGCCCAGAUGGGCUGCUUUGUACCCUGCACAUCUGCUGAGCUCACCUUAUUCGACUGUAUUCUUGCCCGUGUCGGUGCCAGUGAUAGUCAACUCAAGGGUGUUUCUACGUUCAUGGCUGAAAUGCUCGAGACAGCCAACAUCCUCAAGUCAGCGACAAAAGAGAGUUUGAUCAUCAUCGAUGAAUUGGGUAGAGGCACAAGCACCUACGACGGUUUCGGCCUGGCCUGGGCCAUCAGUGAGCACAUUAUCAAGGAAAUCGGCGCCUUUACUCUGUUCGCAACACAUUUCCACGAGUUGACUGCACUGGUCGACACGUACUCACAAGUCCAGAAUCUGCAUGUCGUUGCGGACGUCAGUGAUGGAUCAACAGCAGACUCUGCACCUCAAGUCUUGCUCAUGUACAAAGUCGAGCCCGGCAUCAGCGAUCAGAGUUUUGGUAUCCACGUUGCAGAACUCGUCCGUUUCCCACAAAAGGUCAUCUCAAUGGCCAAACGCAAGGCAGACGAGCUGGAAGACUUUGCGGGAAAGAACGAAGAGGCAAAGUCGGAGCUCAAGAAUGCAAGCAAAGAAGAUGUCGCAGAGGGCAACAGACUACUGAAAGAGUUGCUGCUGAAGUGGAAGGAGGAGACGCAAGGUCAAGGGAUGGAUGGCAAGGAACAGGUCAAGAGACUCAAGACCUUGGUUGCUGAGAAUGAGCAGUUGAGAGCCAACAAGUUCUUCAUUGGUAUGAAGGGACUGUAA